AUGAGUGAAGUGCAAGAAUUGAUUGCGAAGGCUGAGAAGAAGGCGAAGCCAUCAUCUGGAUUCUUUAGUUUCUUAGGCGGGUCGGACUCAUAUAGGUACGAGGAAGCAGCGGACCUUUACGUGGAAGCAGCCAACUUGUACAGAUUGAGAAAGGAGUUGGACCAAGCAGGGGAAACGUUUUUGAAAGCCGCCGAAUGUCAAAUCAAAGCAUCAAAUGAGGAUGAAGCGGGUAACACGUUCAUCGAAGCUUACAAAUGUUUCAAGACAGGCUCAUCGCCUGCCAAAGCUGCUGAAUCGCUUUCUAAAUCCAUCGACAUUUUCACGAGGAGAGGCCAGUUCAGAAGAGGAGCAAACUUCAAGUUUGAACUUGCUGAAUUGCAAGAACAGCAACUACAGGACUAUCCCAGCGCCAUUUCCAACUAUGAAACUGCCGGUGACUGGUACUUGCAGGAUCAAGCCGUUGCCCUAUCUAACAAAUCGUAUCUAAGAUGUGCCGACUUGAAGGCGUUGAAUGGUGAAUACUUGGACGCAACCGAAAUAUUGAAGAAGGUUGUGGAAAACUCCUUGGGGAACAAGUUGAGCCAAUGGUCUUUGAAAGAGUACUUGCUAAAGAUCGGGCUUUGUUACCUCGCUGCGGGCGAUGUCGUCGCUGCCGACAAGAGCUUGAACGAAUCGCAAUCUCUGGACCCUUCCUUUUCCCAAUCAAGGGAAUAUGAGCUAUUGUCAAAUGUCAUCGAUGCCGUCAGAGAGGGAGACUCCGAGAAACUUUCGCAAAAGAUUUACGAGUACGACAAGUUCAACAAGUUGGACCACUGGAAGGUCACCAUACUACUGAAGGUCAAGAACACAAUCGUCGAAGCGGACGACGACUUAUUAUAG